AUGGACGACGCGAUGGACGUGUAUCGCGUUGAGGCGCAAUCUUGUCGCGGAAAAAUCGAAAAAGAAGAGAUUUUGCAAAAUCAAGCACUUCUGGAUCUAAAGGAACGUGUCGAGAAACUCAAUGACGUGUUUACGGAUAUCAACAAUCAUGUAGAUGAUAUGUCAAAGACGCUGUACACUUAUACCAGCAGUGGAAGUGGCUUCUUUUACAUGUUUGCUGCGUGUUGUGUUGAUAUUGUCGUCCGCUUCUAUCGGUUCAUGAUUUAUACCAUCAAAUAUAUCACCGCAGUACGUCCUUUCAAAUUCGGAGGUCUGCUGUAUGUCUUCCUUCGAUCGGAAGCUGGAUGGGUUACACAACUCGUAAUAUACACAGAUUUCAGGGCAGAUCGGAAAUACGGCCUAUUUCGGUCAUGA